UUCUCUGAACUCACAGACUGGCUUCAGAGCAGGCGAGAGUCACGCCGAGAGUUGUUGUGUCCUGUGGAUACAUGUGCUAAUAAAUGAGUAGGAUCUCAUCUGCAAUGGGGCUGGAUGCUCUGGCUUCUUGGGUUAUUGCCUGUGGCUUCAAAGCGAGUUGCAGUGGAGGUUCUCACUUGGGUGUUCCUAGUGCCUCUGCUAAGGGAGGUGAGUAUGUUUUUAUCCAGUGCAGCAUCCAGCACAGUUUUGGAUACAAUGCAAGUUUACUGAGAUAGGAGUUUGUUUGAAUUUUAUGUAACACAUCUGUGACUCAUAUAAAGUGAUGUAAGGGCACUGAUUUUCAAAGACCCUGAGACAGUUAAAACAUAAACCUUCUUGCAGUUAGACUGGUUUAGUACUACUUAUGCUUUAAGAAACAAUAAAAGCUUGCUUGUGUGCUCUUGAGUUUUUGUUGUAGUCAAGGAAAUAAACACACAAACAACUUCCCCUGUAUCUUGGUUCAUCCUGCUUGAUAGUAAUUUCAUUCCUGAAGUCACAACUCACUUUGUGAGUGCAAGUCUGAUUUCCUUUUUGGUUGCAGGGUUGUAAGUGAGUACUGGAUUUGGGCUAAGGUUGGUGAUAUGUGGUCUGGCGACAUGUUAUUUAGAAGCUGGUGCCUGUCCAGGGCAUUUGCAGUUUGUGUUUGUUAAUGGGAGAGGAGCUGCAGAUGGGGCUCGGCAGAAGUCCUUGAUGCAAGCACAUGGAGUGUGUUGUCCAUUUUGGGAUUGAAAUUUGCAUUUUUGGUAAAAAAUACUGUGGCAGCUGUGAUGCUGGAGGUGGGGAUGGUGUUUGGUCUUGUAGCAGGAUGUCAGGAGCACUUUGACUUCCGUGUGGCAAGCCAGGUCUCUUGAAGCGGAAGGUCUGCCUACAGCCAGCAGCAGGUGGCCUUCACUUCCUCCUGUGGCUUGUCACCUCCCGAGCACGUAGCCCUGUGAACUAGCACCUGUCUGCAACAAGCCCACAGCUCCUUCUGGAUGUCUUGGGAGGCUUUGAGGUUUCCUUGGGCCAUGGCGAUGCAGACCCAAAGCUGUGCCUGGUGGGUAUGUGCAGUGGUGUAACCCCGUGGCUUUGCUUUUGAAAGAUUUUAAGUGCAUGGGAGAAGAGCCUUUCUGGACAGUUCCCCUCACUCCCAACAGCUGAAACAGCUGACUGUGUCCCCCAAAUUAUACCAGGCAACCAGGAUGGGGAGUUUGCUGCAAGCCAGUAGCCUGCAUGGUCCAAAGCAUGUUGAGAUCCUUGUUUCAUUUAGCCGCUUUGUAAGCGGCUUUGUUGCACUACUUCAUGUGGCUGGUUUUAUUCCAUGGCAUGCAAGCACAUGAAUCACUGUUACAACUAGUAGUAGCUUUACAAAAGAGAGCAGUACUUUGCUGGAAAGUGGUGCAAACUGCGGGUUUGUGUUGUGCGAGGGUCUCACCUCUUAGCAGAUGAUGUAUAAACAUUUCCAAUUGUAUAGAUAAGCAUUUCCUUUAAGCCUGUUCCCGUAAAGAAAAAAUUGCAGGCUAAUACCAUAGACAGCUAAAGAUAUAAAAUGCUGUGUUCAAAUUCACUUUUAAAAUAGAACUUGAAACAGGAACAGCAAUUUAAGUUUCAGCAGUGGUGGAUGUGGUUGUAGUAUGUAUGUACCUUUUUAGCUUUAUUCCACAGCAGUAGUUUCAGUCUAACACAGGCCAGCAUGGUGUUUAAGUAUGGUGUGUCAAAAUUUGCCUUUUUUUAAAUCAUUUCUCAUAGCAGCAGUCUCUAUUAGUAGUUAAUUGGGCAUAUUCAGGACUCCAACACACCUUUGCCUAAAUUAAUUUCUCCUUUUUCAGUGGUCUGCUGCUUGCAAUAGCAUGCAGAAAAAAGAAAAAAUCAUAUAUGUUUCCGUUGGCCUGGGUGCAGCUAUACGGGAGAAGCAUACAAUGCUGUGAGAGGUUACUGAAACAAAAAUGCAAAUUUUACAAGUUUUGCCCUUGAGAUGGAGCAUGCUGAGGAGAAAUGCAGGCGAUUGAGAUGACUGUGCUUGGGGGAGGUAACUGUUAAGAUUUUGUAACUUAGCUGUAUUUGGCUGUAUGCCUGCAUCAUCUUGUCACUGGGCACCACUAAAAAGAGUUUAAGGACAGCACUGGAACAGGCUCUGAGAGGUUGUGGAGUCUCCUUCUCUGGAAACAUUCAAAACCUGCCUGGACAUAUUCCUGUGCAGUCUACUCUAGAUGAACCUACUUUGGCAGGUGGAUUGGACUAGAUGAUCUUUGGAGGUCCCUUCCAGCACCAACUGUUCUGUGUGAUUCUGUGUAAUCAUGUUUGCCUUUAAUUUGCUCUAACAGGUGGAUGCAACAGGAACACAGAAAACCCCACAAUAUAGUCUGUAAUUUCAAGUGGCUUGAGUAGAUUCUUUUCUACUGUAUAAAAUAUUUAAAAGUUGGGUUCCAGAAUAUCCCCAAAUCCAGCCCAAGUUUGAGAACAUGAUGCUAUGCUGUACUUCCUAAAAAGAGGAGAAUUUACUGCUAUUUUCAUUUUUAAAGCCCUUCUGCCUAAUGACACUGUAUCUACAGUUCACCUUGCAGCAAAAUGGUGAAGCUGAGCAAUACAGCCUGAUGCUGGUGCAGCCUGGCAGUAUAAAAUCUGUGUAAAACCAGUAUAAAAGCAUAUAAAACUUUUGUACUUUCCUUGUAAGGAGGCAGAAAGGGCUUGAAGAGACCAAAAAAUCCAGCAACUUUGACUCAGAUCGAUUGCUUGAUAGCAUCAUCACAGCUGGGAAACUGGUUUCUAGACAAGGUCCCAACAGCAAAAUUGCUUUGCAAGGAUGGCUCAGAGGACUCAGAUCUGGAAUCACAGUUGCAGUGAAUUUCUGGGAGGACAUCUCAAAACGUGCUGAUGUGCAGCCACCUGCAACCCUCUGUAAGGUCUAUCAGCUGAGUCUUUGUCUCAGCUUCAGUCCUUAGACCACAUCCAUUUGCAUUUUUGGUAGAUUAAAUUCUUUGUACAGGUCUUGCAUCCUAGUGGAAUUUAAAUGAUGUUUGACAUUAUUUCCUGUAAAUUGAGCAGUGGGGAGAGGAGGACUUGGUGGUGAGAAGAGGACUCCCGAUGUGGCCUUAGCAAGUGACCUCUUUGGAAAGAGGUGGCAGCAUCUGUGUCUUCUGCAGGUACUGCCACAGAGGGAGCGAGCCAGGCAGUGUGAUUACUAAAGCAUAUAUAAGCAGGAGGCAUUGUCUCAGUUCCUCUUCUGGGCAGCAUGCAGGGUUGAAACACACAAAUUGGGUGACUGGUGACCAAAGGCCCCCAUGUUCCCAGCCAGGCUGGUCCUGACAGCUUCUGACAUGAAGAAAGAUAUAGAGUCUUUAUUAGCCCAGGAAAAAGCAGAGAUUGUUGCCAAGUAUGAGAAGGGCAGGCAGGAAGGAGCUCAGAUUGACCUGUGGGAAGAUGCCGAUUUCACGCUAUAUAAAGUUACAGACCGGUUUGGAUUCCUGCACGAGCAGGAGCUGCCGACCCGGACAGCCUUGGAAGAGAAGCAAAAACAGCAGGAAAUCGAACGUGUGGAUAAGUGGCUAAAGAUGCUGAAGAAAUGGGGCAAAUACAGAAACAGUGACAAGAUGUGCCGGCGAGUGUACAAAGGGAUCCCACUUCAGGUGCGAGGCCAGGUCUGGUCACUUCUGCUGGAUGUCGAGAAGAUGAAGAAGGAGAACGAAGGAAAAUAUGAGCAAAUGAAAGAACAAGCAAAGAGCUUUUCAUCAGAAAUCAAGCAGAUAGAUUUGGAUGUUAACCGCACCUUCCGAAACCACAUAAUGUUUCGGGAUCGCUAUGGAGUGAAGCAACAGGCACUCUUCCAUGUCCUGUCAGCAUACUCAGUUUAUAACACCGAAGUGAGCUACUGCCAAGGGAUGAGCCAGAUCGCAGCCAUUCUUCUGAUGUACUUAAAUGAAGAGGAUGCGUUUUGGGCACUGGCCCAGCUGCUGACCAACCAGCGGCACGCCAUGCACGGUUUUUUCAUUCCUGGGUUCCCGAAGCUGCAGAGAUUUCAAGCUCACCACGAGCAGAUUUUAAGCAAACUGUUUCCCAAGCUGAAGAAGCACAUGGAUAAGGAGCAGAUGACUACGGGGAUUUAUACGACCAAGUGGUUCCUGCAGUGUUUCAUUGACCGGACCCCCUUCACUCUCACCUUGCGGCUGUGGGAUAUCUACAUCCUGGAAGGAGAGCGGGUGCUGACAGCCAUGGCUUACACCAUCCUCAAACUGCACAAAAAGCGCUUGCUGAAGAUGGCAUUGGAAGAUUUACGGGAAUUUCUGCAGGAGAAAAUUGCUGCUUCCCUGCAGUAUGAAGAUGAUGCCGUCAUUGAGCAACUACAGAUGUCAAUGACUGAACUGCGCAAGAUGAAAUUUGACCUUCCUCCACCAGCAAAGCCUGAGGAGUUCCCACGGAAACCCCUGGGCCUGGAGCUGUCCCUCAACCCAGUAGCUGUGAAGGGCAACAUAGCAGCCAACGGCCAGAAUGGCCGGGUGGGUGAGCACCCCCCGGACAGGGAGCCCCAUCCCCACAGAGAUCCCAGGGUGCUGGGAGGAAUGGCAGAGGUGAGGACUCCUACCCACCAGGGCAGUGAAGCAGCUGAAGCAAUGGACACCCACCUUCAUCCUCCUGGUGGAGGACCACCAGGAGAGGAGGGUCGGAUGGAGCCCACCAGGGACAGGCAGCUGCCAUCUCUUCUGAAGGCAAGUGAAAUGCAGGCCAAUCAUCACCUCAUGACCACAGCCCUGCAUCCAGAACAGCCUUUUCUCACUACCAGCUGCGUCAUCGUGGACCACAAGUCAGUCUCCCUUGCUGCCCCAGGCAAGCACGACCCCUCAGACUUCUAUCCCCAAAAGACACUGACUCUUCCCGAUUCGAGCACUGCUGAGCUUUCUGCUACAGAACAUGAGAUAUGGCAGCCAAAUCCUACUGCCCUGCCGGUGGGAGAACAAGAAUCUUCCCUCUGCAAAAACAAAGUGCUCAGUGCACUCCCUCAUCCUCAGCCGGGCAGCUCGCAGCUGUUCUCCAGCGUGUCGCAGCACGACAGCUCCCCCAAGAGUGAGCGUGGGGAGGAGACAGCCAGGAAGCGCUGCAGAGCAGCGCUGCCUGACAAAACAGACUUGAAGUGCUUGAUAUCCAAAGCUGCAUCCAUGGGGGAGCUCGCCAGGCUGCAGCAAAAUGAGCCAGGGAGCACCAGCAGCAAAGCACACUGGCCAGAGGGCUUGAGUGUGCUGCCCACGCAUGGGCUGGCAGGUGGUAGUGUGCCUGUCUUAUCUGGCAGUGAGUCAGAGCCAGUGGGGCUGGGCAAGGAGUGCCCUUUCCAGUGGGUGCCAUCCUCUGUGGUGGAGGGGAACAGCCCCUAUACCAUUAUCAAAACCACCACUCCCCUCCACCUGGCCCACACGACAGAGCAGGACUUCUCAAACAGAAAGCAGGUGGCAUUGCCUCUGCCAGAGACAGGAUAUCCCCUACCUGCCACCUCUGUGCCAACACCUCUUGCACUGGGCCCGAAGGAGGUAGAUGCCCAAAAACACCUCCAGAAACCAUUAAAUACAGUGAAAGCCCCAUGCCCUCCCCUGAGACCCAAACCAAAAUUAAUGCCACAGGUUGCCAAAUCCCUCUCGGAAAACAGUUUUCUUUCAGACUCUCCUCCCCUUGCAAAGCUGCCCAAAUCAGUGACAUUUUAGUGAGGAUGGAGGGAAGCAAGGCAGAAGAAUCAGGUGCUGGAGCAGCACUCUCACCCUGGUUUCGGGACUCCUCCUUCAGCAGGACUGUGUUGAGGUGACAGCACAGCAACCUUUGCCUGUUGAGCUGUGCUUUGGUACGAGCCCCAUGCAAGGAGAUGGAGUGGUGGCUGCCAGUGCCAGGAGGCACCAGCAAAUUGAGUUUGCAUCUUUCCUAUGGAGAAAUUGGAAAGUGUUUUCAUAUUUUUUUAUUCCUCAGAGCUCCCCAAGCCUCAUCACAUGUUGCGGGAGAGGCAGAACUGGUAAUGUGUUGCGUGUUUUCUUCUGCUCUUGCCUGACGUGGGUGCCUGUGGCCAUGGAAGCAGGCGCAAGGCGUAGGAGUCAGGAAUGCUUUCUUUAAAAUGCCCAAUCAGUGCAGCCAGCAGUGCCGCUUUCAAAGGCCUUUGCAGCAGUAGAUCUUAUCUCUUUUCCCAGAUCUGUGGUCAUAGGUAGCAGCAUUUGCAGGCAGGGCCGUGGUGUCCUGGCAGGGUGCAAGCAAGCUGCUGCCUCUAUGCAAUGCCACAGAGCAGUCCCUGGCUGCACCCAGCUCCUGCUGCAGUGGUGGGUGGUGUCCCAGAAGAGAGGUUUAACAGCUGUGAGUCCCAGAGGAAGGAGGAGUGUCUCCCUGGUGGAGGAGCAUCAGCAGAGUGGUUCUUUCCCAAGUUCCCAAGGUGAUAAAGACAAUGAUGAAGGUUGAGCCUGGUCUCUUGGGCUGAGUAGCCUUUCUCUUGGCCUUUCCCUCACAAGUCCAGGGCAGUAAGGGGGCUUGAUGCCUUUCUCUUGGCUGACCAGGAAAAGGGGCUGCUGCCUUGGGAAGCCUCCUGCCUUCAGUAGCAAGCUGCUGGAGGUGUGAUUGUGUCUCAUCAUGGUGCCCAGACUGAAAUCCCCUUUUACUUUGAGCAAGUUAAGUAUGAGUGGAAAUGGCAUAGGAGUUUGAGAAGGGGGGCACAUUGCCCAGAAUCUGAUCUCAGCCCUUCUGGUUUAGCCCACACAGAAAUCAACAACCAAGAAAGGAAACCUGGGCACAGGGGUUUGGAAGACAAUGCUGUAGAGCAUCAUGUUGCCACAACCCACUGCUGAGGAGGUAACUUGAUGCGUUCCGACAUGCCUACUUGCCGUUCAUGCACCAAGUCCUGCUGGCCUGUUCAGCUUCUCCACAUCCCAGGGUGUUGCUGCUGCACAGCCCAAACCAUUGGCCAGAGGUGUGCAGGGACCCAGGGAUAGCUCACCCACUGAAGGAGCUGGUCCAGACUCCUGUUCCCAGUAUCUGCUUCAACCGUACAGGUGAAGGGGCUUCAUCAGGAAGAAAGAUCAAUGGAAGCAGCAGGAAAUAAACUUGUUCAGAUGUGCUGUGUUUGACUGCUGGCCGAAAGGGGUGGCUGCAGAUGCCAGAUUAGGUGGGACUGCAGGUGGGAUUCCCAUGCCUUCAGUGGAGACCCUGGGAAAAACUGCUUUAAGUUCUAAGAUUGUUUGAAAACUGUUUUUUUUCUCUCAUAAGCUGCUUUGGUCCAAAGCCUACCUGGAAGCUCAACAAACAACUUCCACUAAAUUACUUUAUGGGAUUUAUCAGUUUUGGUCGGUUUUGUUGUGUUGUUUUUUUUUUCUUUUUUUUUUUUUACUGUUGUUGUUAUUGUUUUUCCUUGUGUGCAUGUGGUGGUUCACAUCAGUAGCAAGGAGAGCACUGAAGGCAGCACCCCAUCUUUCUCUGGAUGUAGCCAACCAGACCACAGCACCCUUAGCUUCUGUUACAGCCCCUUCUCUGUCGGAGACCCCAUCUUCUGCUGAGUCCCCAGCCUUGCCCAUCCUCUCUCCCUCUGCAAAGCAGGGUAACCCUAUUAGCUACCUCGCAGGGGUGCUGUGAGGACUCAAGAGUUGUUCUUUGAGGAGAAGUGCUGUAUGAAUGUCCAGUAUUUGUGUUUUGAGACACUGCGAGUCCUUUCUAGGCCAGCAGUGCUUGAAUUUGCUUUAAUUUAGAGCAUGGUUUGGGGUUUUGUUUGUUUGUUUGUUUGUUUUGUUUUCAGUAACCAUGCAGUAGUUAAACCUACUUGUGUGCUAAAAUACUUGGGCAGUAUUUCAGGAUGUGUAUUGAUUACUUUACACUAGCAGCCCACUGGCCCCUUGGAGCUCGUUGGGAAGCAACGAGCAGCAUCUUGGCUUGAUUUCUGUAGCUUGUGGGUCUCUCCUCUCCUUGAAGCACACAUAAAACUCCUACUGUGUCUGCGCGUUUGGCUCACAUGUGCAAGAGCUGACAUCUUUUUUCCCCCUCAUUUAAGGCGCACAGCCUUUGCACAUCAUGUUGCCUGUGCAGCCAGGCUCCUCACCCAGCAUGUUUCUGGGAUGUUUUGCAGUAUUCACGUUUUAAAAGGUGGUUUGCUCUCAUUUUGGAGAGCAAUCAAAUGCACAGUACUUGUUGCAUGGUGUUCAACAAGAAUCUGGGGGGGUUCUGCCCUCCAAGCCCUUACGGGAAAGAGCAGCAAGGUCCUCGUUCACCUCCAAGCCUGAGGGAAGCCACCAGCUGGUUUCAGUGACCUAUGGACCAGGGAGACACAGGGUCCCCAUUCCCAUCAGUGUGCUUCUUGCUGGGAAUGUCUCCGAGCUCCUCAUUGUCUCACCUAAGAAGGUCUUCUCCAACCUGCAGCCAGUGAAAGCAGGCAGGUUUGCAAAGAGCUCUUGGGAGCAAAGUAGCCCUAGCUGUCUAGCAGCCAGGGAUAUGCAUCGCUUUCCUCAGAGGGAUGCUGUCACUUCAGCGUAUCAAAGCAUAAUCUACUAGGAGAUGACCAAUCCUCUCUCCUUCUCUGCAUCUUGCUGCAGAUGAAGGUGUGGCCAUGGCAGGUCUGUGGCAGCAGGGGUGGGUAGGACAUGGUCCAGGCUCAGCUAUUUUGCAGGUGAUAGGAAGGGAAGAAGGGUGAGGGUGGCCCAAGCCACUUCCACCCCUGCCCGAGCCUCCUCUAACAGCCCUUAGCAAAAGUUAUUCUUACAACGCGCAAAUUCAGGAAAGUGGUUUCCCCCUAGUCCUUGCCCUAGCAGCCAUGGAACAGCUCCCACCUCGCUGUCCUCAAUGUAGUUUUAAAGACCAAUGUUGUGGGUUGUUGUUGUUUGGGUUGUUGUUGAUUUUUUUUUAGAUUUGUAAUUCAGCACUUUGAGUGGCCAUGGUGCCAGCAGGCAGUGGGAGCCAUGGGGACUGGCUCCACUGUGGGACAGUGAUUGAGGUCAAGGGCUCAGAGGUGCACUUUGAGAGUGUGGCUACUAUCUGCUUUUCUUUUUAAUUGCUGUUGUUGUUUACAGCGUGGAACGCUUCCUCUGUGACUUUUUAAUGUAUUAUAAUUAUUACUUUUAAAAAAACAAAACCAAACCAAAACAAACAAAAAAAAAACACCAAAACAUUUUCUAUGUCUGUGAUUUUUCUUUCUUGUUUUUGUUUUUCUUUGUAAGGAAGUUUUAAGGGAAAGAAGAUGUCAAUCAUUCCUUUUUACAGUGAUCCAAAUAGACUGUCCAGAGUGUUUGAUGAUGUAUUUUACAUGGCUGUAAUGGUAAUGUUUAAAGAAGUUCAGUGUAAAA